CCUCCAGAACACGGGUCAUUCUUCUAUCGAGCCGCUGAAGGGUGUCCGUCCAUCCAUCGUCUUACAGCCCGUAACCAUGACAACAGCCCCGGAUGGUGGCGCGCGAGGCUAGACAGGUGUUGGGUUGCGCAGAGGAGAGACACCCACGCGAUCGCUCCAUACUUUCCCAUGUAUCCUUCCUUCAUCUUCUGCCCGCGAGGAUCUCUAUCGGGAAUCACCAUGGUGCAUCAUUCUGGAUCCAUACAGUCCUUCAAGCAGCAGAAGGGUAUGCACACCAGCAUCAGUGAGAUUUUGAAGGAGAAAACGCUAAAGUCGUCCCGCCGCAGUUUGCCAUGUCUGGCUCAGAGUCAGACGCAUCCUGAGAACCUCAAUCACUUCCUGUCUGUGCCUCUGAGUCCUGACCGCAAAACAUACAGUCACAGCGUCAGUGCCUCCUGCACACACAUCAUACCUCCUUCCACAGACACAGGUCAGGAUGCCUAUAUGGAAGAGAGGGAGGCGGGGGAUUUUGCACCUAAAACAGAUGAAACGCACCAUGUCCAGCAGAAGCCGGUGUCCAGAGGAAAGCUAGAGGCCCGCACAGAAUCCAUACAGGGGAACAAUUUACAAAACCCCUCAGGGUUGAUGUUUAGAGAUGGGAAGAAGCGUAUCGACUACAUCUUGGUGUAUAAGAAAUCCAGCCUUCAGGUGGAGAAGAGGUGCACGUUUGAGAGGAACCUGCGAGCGGAAGGUCUAAUGCUGGAAAAGGAGCCCUCAUUAACCAACAGUGAUAUCCUGUUUGUGAAGAUCCAUGCCCCAUGGGACACGCUGUGUAAAUAUGCAGAACAAAUGAACAUUCGAAUGCCCUUCAGGAAAAAGUGUUACUUCACAGACUGGAAGAAAAAAAAUAUGGGAAGUCAAUUUCAGCUGAGAUUUCGUCAGAUGAAAAGCUGGCUACCAAGGAACCCUAUGAAACUGGAUAAGGAGGCGUUACCAGAUCUGGAGGAAACAGAUUGCUACACCGCCCCCUUCAGCAGGGCCAGAGCGCACCACUUUACCAUCAACAACAGAGAGACAUUUUUCUCAAACUCAACCAGAAGCAGAAUAGUACAUCAUGUACUACAGCGAACAAAGUAUGAGGAUGGGAAGUCUAAGAUGGCUCCUCCGUUGUGUUGUCUGUAUCUGCUUAAUUAUUAUGGCCAUCACGAGCGGCUCUUCAUGGGCCAGUCAGGGAGUUCAUGGGAAGGCAUUAAUCGGUUACUUGGCAACAGCACAUAUGAGGCAGCGUUUCCUCCACAUGAGGGAAGUUACAAAAGCAGACAUCCGAUUAAAACCCAUGGGGCUCAAAACCACAGACACCUUUUGUACGAAAGAUGGGCACGCUGGGGAAUCUGGUACAAAUACCAGCCUUUAGACCUCAUACGGCGGUACUUCGGAGAGAAGAUCGGGCUGUAUUUUGCCUGGUUGGGCUGGUAUACAGGUAUGCUGAUCCCUGCUGCUCUAGUUGGCCUCUUUGUCUUCCUCUAUGGGCUUUUCACUAUGGACUCCAGCCAAGUAAGUAAAGAGAUCUGUGAGGCCAACACCACCAUCAUGUGCCCCAUGUGUGAAGGCAACUGUAGCUCGUGGACGCUUAGUGACAGCUGUGUCUAUGCAAAGGUGACCCAUCUUUUUGAUAAUGGAGGCACAGUCUUCUUUGCUAUCUUCAUGGCAAUAUGGGCCACAGUAUUCCUUGAGUUCUGGAAGAGGAGAAGAGCGGAGUUAACCUACGAUUGGGAUUUGAUUGACUGGGAGGAGGAGGAGGAGGAACUACGGCCCCAGUUUGAAGCCAAAUACUCCCGGAAGGAGAGAGUGAACCCUAUCUCAGGGAAACCAGAGCCCUUCCAGCCCUUCACAGACAAAUUCAGCCGACUCAUGGUGUCUGUUUCGGGAAUCUUCUUCAUGAUCUCUCUGGUUCUGACAGCCGUGUUUGCUGUGGUGGUGUUCCGGCUCAUUGCCAUGGAGAAGUUUGCGUCCUUCCAGUGGGAGUUUGUGAAGAAGAAUUGGCAAUUCGCCACCUCAGGCACUGGAGUCUGCAUCAACUUUAUGAUUAUAAUGUCUCUGAAUGUGGUCUAUGAAAAAGUGGCCUACCUACUCACAAACCUGGAACACCCACGGACAGAGUCGGAAUGGGAAAACAGCUUUGCCCUCAAGAUGUUCCUCUUCCAGUUUGUCAAUCUCAACAGCUCUACCUUCUACAUAGCUUUCUUUUUAGGGAGGUUUGCCGGCAGACCGGGGGAUUAUAAUAAGCUGUUUAACCGGUGGAGGAUGGAGGAGUGUCAUCCCAGUGGUUGUCUGAUCGACUUGUGCCUACAAAUGGGAGUGAUCAUGGUGUUGAAACAGAUCUGGAACAACUUCAUGGAGCUGGGCUACCCACUGUUGCAGAACUGGUGGUCUCGGCGUAAGAUGAAACGAGCAGGUGAGCAAAACAACAGUAAAGAAGGGCUUCCGCAAUGGGAUAGAGACUGGAACUUACAGCCCAUGAACGCACAUGGCCUGGUGGACGAGUACCUGGAAAUGGUUCUGCAGUUUGGUUUCACUACAAUAUUUGUGGCGGCGUUUCCUCUGGCUCCUCUCCUGGCUCUGCUCAAUAACAUCAUUGAGAUCCGAUUAGACGCCUACAAGUUUGUCACGCAGUGGAGGAGACCGAUGCCCGCCCGCGCUACUGACAUCGGUAUCUGGCAUGGAAUCCUGGAGGGAAUUGGUGUUGUGGCUGUCAUAACAAACGCCUUUGUCAUUGCCAUCACUUCAGAUUACAUCCCUCGCUUCGUCUAUGCAUUCAAAUAUGGGCCCUGUGUGGACAAGGGUUACCGGCAUGAGAAAUGUCUAAGAGGAUAUUUGAACAACAGCUUGUCUGUUUUUGACAUGAAUGAAUUGAAAAAUGGAAGUUACCAUAAUCAGUACUGCAGAUAUCGAGAUUACAGAGCACCGCCGUGGAGUCCUGAACCCUAUGAUUUCACCCUGCAGUUCUGGCAUGUUUUGGCUGCCAGACUAGCCUUCAUCAUCGUCUUUGAGCACCUUGUUUUUGGCAUUAAGACCUUCAUAGCCCACAUGAUUCCAGACAUGCCCAAAGACCUGAGUGAUCGCAUGCGCAGGGAGAAAUACCUAAUGCAAGAGAUGGUGUAUGAGGCGGAACUGGAGCACCUGCAGAAAGAGCGGAAAAAGAAUGGCAAACGUUAUCACCAUGAGUGGCCUUAGCCGUGCCUGACCAUAAAUGCCCACUGGAGAAUCGCAUACCCUACCCACAAAAGCACAUAAAUGCUUGAGAGUGGUAAACAAACGUCUUUGCGCAACUGCAGCACAAAUGUGAACACAGGCAUUCAUGUACGACUGUUCUGUUGCCUUGGAUGUCUGGCUUCAUUGACUCCAUGCAUGGACUGGCCACUUCAGAUUUUCAUUGCUGUAAUAAACCAGGGAGCGGAUUCAGUGUUUAUUUGAGAUCAAAACCUGAUCUCCGAGUGGGCCUUUGGAACCAGGAGUUGGCAGCUCUACUCUGCACCAAAGAGGUUCUUCUCAGUCACAUGACCCUGCCUGAGACCUCUAUUAUCCUGUUUUUUUCCAUCCUGCUGAUUGUGUUUACUCACUAGAGCAGUAGUUCUCAAACUGUACUGAUUGGGUACUUAAAAAAAAAAAAGUUGGGUUAGUUAAUUGGCUAAAAGUAGUUAUGAAUGGAACAAAAUAGCAACCUGGCAUUAGAAAAAAAAAUGGUGGUUUGCCACAUUUAAAAGUUUGAGAACCACGGUACCAGAGAAAGCUCUGAUGAUAUUUCGUGGAUGGACCCACCUGCCUUCUCAAUGGUCAAAAGAAAAAGUCUGUUCCAGAGUACACUGCUGAAAGAGUUCAAAGUGAAGGUCAUAUGAAGGAGAACCCUCGCUAUAUCCAAGUGCCGGAUCAUCAAGUUUUAAAUCAAUGGAUUACAGUGUUCUCUGAUACACAGUAAACUCAAGUGUGUAGAUGAGAAAAAACUUUGAAAAUAUCCAUUAAACACAAAUCCUUCCCAGCAUGGCCUGCAGACGCGCUCUUUCAUCUGUGUCCUAUUAUAGUUCUGAAUGGAGCACUCGUGCGGUUGGAUUGUUUACUAUGCAGAUGAAGGGGCUGUUCCUGUUCUCUGCUUGUCUACUUGUCUGCAUCUCUGUGCGUGGCAGCUAUCAUCCCGCUGUGAAGCAGAUCUCUACCUGGUGCCAGGCAAUGUGACAACGUUUACUUACGAACAUAUUUACCGAAUACGCCCUCUCUCUCUUCGCUUGCCAGCAUCUCACAUUGUGAUUCUUGUUACAAAAGUGGUUUCUGGUAAAACAAAACAAAACAAAAAAAUUACCAAAUAAAAAUCCGUUUGUUUAUGCAAUUGAACGUUUUUUAUGUUCUACAUCGCCUUGAAAAGAUAUGCAGAUCUGUCUUUCAAUACAAUGUAAUUUUGUCUAGGUAAAAUAAAUUGCCAAUUUUGGCAAAAUGGUGAUAUAAAUAACAUGCAUGUUAUUUUUUAAUUGCAUGUUGUUUCUUUGUUUUUUUUAUUAUUAUUAUUAUUUUAUAAAAGACUAUGUCCUUGUCUAUGUCUGGUUUUGUAGUGUGUGUGAGCUGAAUUUGAUGUGUGAGUGUAUCUGUUCCGAUGCCUGCGAUUGUUGCUCAGCUGUGAUGUAUUGUGUGUGUUUAUGGCUCCAUCAGGCCAUGUGCCCACAUACCUAAGCUCAUGGAAGUGGAUCUCUACAGUAUAUAGUACUGCAUGUAUGUACUGUGAAUUCUCCGUAUGCAUAGAUGACACACUACAAUUGAAAAAGUGUUCAGCAUACAACCAGAGUGUGUUGAAUAAAAUGCAAUAUCCAAUAAUGCAAUGCUUCCGACAUAACCUACAGUACCAUAGAGUGCUACAGUGAUGAUGUAUUUCUGUAGGUCAACCCAGAAGUUAGCAUCACCCUGCUUCAACAACACGCCAAUAGGAUUUUGUUCCCUCUUCUUUUGGGUUAGUGCUGAAAACAAGUUGCGUGACCAAUAAAAGUUUAUGAUUCUUACAUGUUUUGUUCAUUAUGACAAUCUUCUCAAAUUAACAGCUUUUAUUAAUUUUAAAGGGUUAGUUCACCCAAAAAUGAAAAUUCUGUCAGUAAUUACUCUCCCUCGUGUU